UGUGGUAAAUUCGGAGUUACCCUUGCCUCGACAGUCGAAUCCAUCGCGGAGUUUCGUAUCAGUGGCUGAAUCUAAGUCAAACUAGGCGGCGGCUCGGUGCCGCGAUCAACGUCAAGUGCUCUCUCCUUGGCAUGAUUACUCGCUGUGCUCUGCUAGGAGAACAUUCAGUGGCUUACACCAUCACAUCUAUUAGCGACAUGGUGGUUCCGUCUGUGCUUCCGACGCUACCGUCGUUCUGGAGUGAUACCAUGGUUCUAGGUGGGAAUCACGAUUGAUCUUGUGCUCGGGACCGAGGCCGAGUUAUUGAGCGAUUUUUUCCACGCGAAAAGCGAGCGGAGAGAAAAAUAACAACGUUGGUAACGGAAGCGCUACGACAAUGCUGCUCGACAUAAGUGACGUGAUCGGCGAGUUUGGCAUUUACCACUUCAUCGUGCUAUUGGUCACUGUCCUACGGGCUCUGCCAUCCGCUUGGACGCUGACCGGCAUCGAUUUUCUGACGGGAGAUUUCAACGUAUCGUGCACCGGAGGGAGCUUCGCCGAAUCCAUUCAUUUCGGCAAGAGUGUCCAGGAAUGCCUCGUCCAUCCGACGAAUGGAACGCAUAUCGACACCUCGGUUUGGGUGGAUUGCGUGAACUUCACGUACGGCACAGUUGAGACUCGUUGGUCGGUCGUACCCGAGUGGAACUUAGUCUGUCAGAAGCGAUGGAUCAGCUCAGCGAUGCAGACCCUUGUCUUCGCGGGCUGCUUCGUAGGCGCAAUCGUUUUCGGCUUGCUCUCGGAUUGGCAGGGGAGACGCAAGAGCCUACUCGUGAGCACGAUUCUUUUCGCGGUUUUCGCCAUCGGAUCUUCAGUGGUGCCUGAACUGUGGGCUUUCAAUCUCUUGAGAUUCGUACAAGCCGCUGCCGUGGCUGGCAUCCAGGUCACUAGCGCUGCUCUCUUCAUGGAGCUCCUCUUGCCUCGCGACCGUUACCUCAUGAACGUCGGCUUCACGAUCGCCUUCGCAGCUUGCACAAUAGCCGUGCCUUUCGUGAGUCAGGCUCUGAAUUCGUGGAGACUUUUCCAACUCGUUUGCGGUCUUUGCGCGCUGUGCAUCUUACCACCAUUGUUGAUUGUUGAGGAGUCUCCGAGAUGGCUGGUGAAUCAGAAGCGAACUCUGGAAGCGCGAGAAGUGUUGAACUCGAUUUUCACCACCAAUCGCCGUUCGAUUCCAAAUUUCACGUACGUCAUGAGCAGCCUCGUUGAACGAUCGCAGAGUUCGGAAUCGCAAGGAAUUCUAGUGUUGCUCGGCAAUCCGAGGUUGAGGCGCCAGUUGAUCAUCAUUCUACUCUACUGGCUCGUGGAAAACGGAAUCUAUUACGCCGAUAUUUUUCUUUCGGCGCACAUCCCAGACUUGGAUCCGAGAACCACCUUCGCGAUAGGCGCCGCGGCCGAGAUUCCGGCAGGAAUCGUCGGCAUGUUCCUUCUGAGGUUCCUGAAUCGAAGAUCGUCGAUGGCCGGCUCCCUCGCGAUCGGCUCGGCCUGCUCGAUCGCCACCGCGUUCCUCUCAUUGAAACAGCCAACUCUGAAAUUGGCCCUGAGCUCUGUAACUCGUUUCUUCCUGACGGUGGCGACGUCCAUCAAAUGGGUGUACACUCUCGAGCUGCUGCCGACAAACAUACGAUCCCUGGGCUUUGCACUCGCGUUCGCAGUCGGACGAAUCGGAGGCAUGCUAGCGCCCUUCAUCCGAGACUUGGCGCUCGCAUCGGUGUCCAACCAGAAAUGGUGCUUCGUUAUAGUCGGUAGCGGAUCUUUUUUGGCGACCGUUCUAGUUUUCUUCCUGCCGGAAACCCUGAACUCUCAACUACCGGACAGUAUUUUCGAGAGUUUCCUCAGGAACCGCCGACGAAGCCAAUCGCUGCCGAGAGCGUAAGAGGGAGAGCACAAAGUCAAAGUGCUCAAUCGUGUGAGGUGCCAAAUUGAUCCCGCAGGAAUCGGACAGUACACUCGGAGUCGGAAUCAACGGGCAUGCGAGCUCGUCUGGAAGUUCCUUCGGGUCUCGGACCCGAUUGAGAAAGCUAGGGAGCUCCUCCACUCUGCUUCGAGAACUACUUCCGUCGAAAGCUGCCGGAAUCGGCUCCUGGAAGUCUUACCGUAGAAAGUGUACAACACUUUGUUUCUAGAGCUAAGCCGAUUUUGUAAAUACGGGUGGCGUAC